GGGGCAUAGCACAAUUCUUCUUGGAGGAGGGUUUUGGUUUGCCCAGGUGACUGAUCCUGCCAUAAUAUACUCCCGCCAAUUCUAUUGCACCGGCAACCGAAGUCGAACAUACAUACGACGAUCUUCAUGCGUGAAGGGACGGGAGGAAAGAAAGGGCGGUAGAUGAUAAUGCGAAAGGGCGCCGCGUCUGGCUUGAUAGUAAAGCCAAAGAAAGACGCCCCAAGACAAGAUACAACUGUUGGGAAGGGGACAUGAUCAAUAGAACCUGGCUGGAUCCGGGCUGGGAUAGUGGCGCCCAUUCCUAACCAGUUCUGAAAAGGUUCGCUCAUGCUGGAGGUACUAACCACUUAGUGAUCGGUCCGCUAGUUCACGCAAAUCCGAAGAAGUUAUCACGGACGAGCCACAUGCAGGGAAACUUGCACGUGUGGUUCUGGCCGGGCUUUCCUUCGGUAUCUAAUAACCUUGCUUCUGCUCGCCGCUGGCGCACCUCUCCUAACUAUUGCCCAUUUAUUCUGGAAUAAUUUUUUUAGGAGGGACAAUUUUACAUAUUUCUGCCAAAUCCUUCUAUUAUUAAGUACGGCUGGUACCAUUUCGAUGUGUUUCGAUUUUUUCGAAAAAGAGAGGUUUGAUGCUUCUGAAUUCAUUGUAUUAAUUCCACUUCCUACUCGCAGUAUGCUCUUAAUGAUCCCGGCUCAUGAUUUAAUUGCCAUGUAUUUAGCUAUUGAGCUUCAAAGUUUAUGUUUUUAUGUGAUCGCAGCAUCAAAAAGAAAGUCUGAAUUUUCCACGGAAGCCGGCUCAAAAUAUUUGAUCUUAGGUGCAUUUCCCUCUGGAAUAUUAUUGUUCGGUUGUUCCAUGAUCUAUGGGUCUACUGGAGCUACCCACUUCGAUCAAUUAGCCAAGAUUUUGACCGGAUACAAAAUCACUGGUGCUCGAUCUAGUGGUAUUUUUAUAGGGAUUCUUUUUAUCGCUGUAGGAUUCCUAUUCAAGAUUACUGCAGUUCCUUUUCAAAUGUGGGCACCUGAUAUCUAUGAGGGUUCACCCACCCCGGUGACAGCAUUCCUUUCUAUUGCGCCUAAAAUCUCUAUUUCUGCAAAUAUGUCACGUGUUUCUAUUGUUGCUUCCUAUGGGGGUACAUUACAACAAAUCUUCUUUUUCUGCAGCAUUGCUUCUAUGAUCUUAGGAGCACUGGCCGCCAUGGCCCAAACGAAAGUCAAAAGACCUCUAGCUCAUAGUUCGAUUGGACAUGUAGGUUAUAUUUGUACUGGUUUCUCAUGUGGAACCAUAGAAGGAAUUCAAUCACUACUAAUUGGUAUAUUUAUUUAUGCAUCAAUGACGAUAGAUGCAUUCUCCAUAGUUCCAGCAUUACGGCAAACCCGUGUCAAAUAUAUAGCGGAUUUGGGCGCUCUAGCCAAAACGAAUCCUAUUUCGGCUAUGACCUUCUCCAUUACAAUGUUCUCAUACGCAGGAAUACCCCCGUUAGCCGGCUUUUGUAGCAAAUUCUAUUUGUUCUUCGCCGCUUUGGGAUGUGGGGCUUACUUCCUAGCCCCAGUGGGAGUAGUGACUAGCGUUAUAGGUCGUUGGACGACCGGAAAGUUGCCAUGAGUAAGGUUGGGAGACCGAAGGCAGUUUUCCGUGCACCGGACACGUAGCUUACCGAAUCAGUUGCAACACAGAUGGGAAUGCAUGCUACGAAAGACAGGGUCGAGUCUGAUACAUCAACCGUCGACUCCAUAUCCUUGUACGAGUCCACAAUCACUACACGAGAUGAACCUGGGUUUGGUGAAUGGAAGUUGGCCUUAGGUGUAAUAGGACUCCCAGUUACUGCGCGCGAUCGUAUACUGAGGUGCUCCCCGUCAGUUGUUGGAACGAC